AUGAUACUAGCUAGAUUCUCACCAUUUGGUAUUAGAUCAUCAUUAAGAGUGGCUAGUGUGAGGCCAUUUACCACGACAAGGUUUUUAUUUAAUAACCAGUUGAAUAAACCCAAAACACCACCAACUCAUCAAGAUAUAGAUAUCAACUCAGAUGCUUAUAAAGAUCAUCCAAUUAUCAAGAGAUUACCAAAAUCAAUGAAGAAAUAUGGUAAAAGAUUUGUUAAUGCUCCUGUGUCACAUCUUACUGCUUUUGUAAUAUUACAUGAAUUUACUGCAGUGGCUCCUUUCUUAGGGUUAUGGUAUGCAUUUCAUAGUUUUGGAUUUUUACCAGCAGAUAUACCUUCAUGGAUUCUCGUGAAAGGUUCAGGUGUCAUUGAAACUAUAGUGAGUAUUCAAGAAAGUAUUUAG